ACUAGAGGGCGGGAGGGAGCUGCCCGCUGACCCAGACGAGCGCGGGCGCGGGGCUUUUCUUGGUUACCCAAGGCCGCCCGGGUGGAAGCUGCGGCUGGGGGGCGCGCAUCCGUCGAGGGGGAAAGGGGCGUGGGCAGGCGGUAGUUGCAGCCAGGAGUCCCGGGGUUUGAGUGCGCCGCUGCGGCUCUGCCCGAGGUGGGGCGCGGCUCUGCCCUAGGUGGGGCGCGGCUCUGCCCUAGGUGGGGCGCGGCGCGGCUCGCGCGGGAGCGCUGGGUGCGGCGGAGUCGGGUUUCAGAGCGCGGGUGACUCAGGACGCGGGCCGUGCUGGGAUCCUGCCCGCCGCUGCCGCUGCCGUUGCCCCUGCCCAGCGCCGUCUUUGUUCCAGGCAGGAAGGACGACCGGCCCGCGCGCAAGGUCCGUUGCCGUCUGCGGAGCUCGGCGGCCCGGUGCCCUAGGGGGCCCGCCGAACGGCGGGAUGGCGCCCAGGAGGGACGCACAGUGCUGGCGCCUGCUUUUGCUGCUUUCCACCUCCGCGCUUCUGCCCGGUGUCACUCGGACCCGCUCCGCGACAGAAUCGGCUUCCCGGGGCCCCCUGGACCUCACGGAGCUCGUCGGUGUCCCGCUGCCCUCCUCUGUGUCCUUUGUUGCUGGCUAUGGUGGCUUUCCAGCCUACAGCUUUGGGCCUGGUGCCAACGUCGGCCGCCCGGCCAGGACCCUCAUCCCGUCCACCUUCUUCAGGGACUUCGCCAUCAGCGUGAGGGUGAAGCCCAGCAGCCCCCAAGGCGGUGUGCUCUUUGCCAUCACGGACGGCUUCCAGAAGGUCAUCUACCUGGGCCUGCGGCUCUCGGGCGUGGAGGACGGCCGCCAGCGGGUCAUCCUCUACUACACGGAGCCUAGCUCCCAGGUGUCCCGCGAGGCCGCCGCCUUCCUGGUGCCCGUGAUGACCCACAAGUGGAACUACUUUGCUGUGGUCGUCCAGGGCGAGGAAGUGACCCUCCUCGUGGACUGUGAGGAGCAUGGCCGCGUCCCCUUUCCAAGGUCCUCCCAGGCCUUGACCUUCGAGCCCAGUGCGGGAAUCUUUGUGGGCAAUGCAGGAGCUACGGGGCUGGAGAGAUUCAUUGGUUCCAUACAGCAGCUCAUCAUCCACCCUGACCCCAGGACUCCCGAGGAGAUGUGUGAAGCUGAAGACUCCUCGGCAUCUGGAGAGACCAGCGGGCUCCAGGAGACGGAUGGAGUAGCUGAGAUCUUAGAAGCAGUCACCUACACUCAAGCCCCAUCUAAAGAAGCAAAAGUUGAACCCAUACACACACCUCCAACUCCAUCCCCUGCCUCUGAGGAUGCAGAGCUUUCUGGUGAACCUGUACCUGAAGGGACCAAGGAAACCAGCAACUUAAGCGCUGACCUGCACAGCAGCCCCGAGCAAGGGUCUGGUGAGAUCCUGAAUGAUACACUGGAGGCAGUUCAGACUGUGGACGGUUCCCCGACUGCAGACAUUGGCUCAGGGGAUGGGGUCUUCCUUCAUGUCACUGAAGAGAGUCCAUACACAGAAGAUUUGGCAGCAACAGCAGCAGCUGGGGAGGCCAAGAUGCCCAUCAGCACUGCUUGGGAAGCAGAGGCCAGCAGCGUGCCCACCGGGGGACUGACCCUCUCCAUGCCCAUUGAGGACCCUGGGGAGGGGGUCACUCUGGGUCCAGAAAACGAAGAAGGUUCAGCAGCGACAGCAGCAGGGGAGGCCGAGGAGCCCGUGAGCAUUGCCAGGGAAGCAGAGGCCAGCAGCGUGCCCACCGGGGGACUGACCCUUCCUAUGCCCACCCAGGACCCUGGAGAAAUGGUCACUCUGAGUCCAAUCAGUGAAGAAGGCUCUACAACAGCAGCAGCUGCAACAGAUGUGCCACUCGGCACUUUUGAGGAAGAAGAGGCCAGCGGGGUCCCCACCAAUGACCUGGCUUUCAUCACACCGACAGCGGCCUCCGAGCAAGGGGUCACUUCUGGUCCUGGCGACGAAGACUUAGCAGCAGCCACGACAGAGGAGCCCCUUACUGCGGCUGGGGCAGACGCAUUGGGCAGCACUCCCCCUGAGGGGCCCCCACUCCCCUUACCCUCAGUAGCCCCUGAAAGCGGGGCCCUUCCGGGUGAAGCUGAGGAGGGGUUUCCUGGCGCCCCUGGACCUGCUGGGCCUACUGAACCCACGGUGGAAGUGGAGGCUGAGGGCUCCGGCCUGGGCUGGGGCUUGGAUGUCAGCUCUGGCUCUGGUGACCUGGUGCACAGUGAGGAGCUGUUGAGAGGUCCUCCAGGUCCCCCAGGCCCACCUGGCUUACCUGGGAUCCCAGGAAAACCAGGAACUGAUGUUUUCAUGGGACCCCCUGGAUCUCCUGGAGAAGAUGGACCUACUGGUGAACCUGGUCCCCCGGGCCCCGAGGGAAAACCUGGACUUGAUGGAGCGUCUGGUCUUCCUGGAAUGAAAGGAGAGAAGGGAGCUAGAGGACCUGAUGGCUCAGUUGGUGAAAAGGGUGAUCCCGGCAACAGAGGCUUACCAGGACCCCCAGGGAAAAAUGGACAAGUUGGCGCUCCUGGGGUCAUGGGACCCCCAGGGCCUCCUGGACCCCCUGGGCCCCCAGGCCCUGGAUGUACAACAGGACUUGGAUUUGAGGAUACCGAGGGCUCAGGAAGUAUCAGGCACUUACAUGAGCCCAUCUCUGGGCCAACGGCUUCAAGUGGUCCCAAAGGAGAAAAAGGAGACCGGGGACCUAAGGGUGACAGAGGGAUGGACGGAGCCAGCAUUGUGGGACCCCCUGGGCCCAGGGGGCCACCAGGGCGCAUCGAGGUCCUGUCUAGUUCUUUAACCAACAUCACCCAAGGAUUCAUGAAUUUCUCGGACAUUCCUGAGCUCAUCGGGCCUCCGGGCCCCGAGGGCAUGCCUGGGCUGCCAGGAUUCCCAGGCCCAAGAGGUCCGAAAGGUGACACUGGCGUACCUGGAUUUCCAGGACUAAAAGGAGAACAGGGUGAGAAGGGAGAGCCGGGUGCCAUCCUGACAGGGGAUGUUCCUCUGGAAAGGCUGAGGGGCCAAAAGGGUGAACCUGGAGAGCACGGAGCCCCGGGACCAAUGGGACCCAAAGGACCACCAGGACACAAAGGAGAAUUUGGCCUCCCUGGACGACCUGGUCGCCCAGGACUGAAUGGCCUCAAAGGCGCCAAAGGAGAUCGAGGGGUCAUGAUCCCGGGUCCACCUGGCCUACCUGGCCCUCCAGGCCCCCCAGGACCACCAGGAGCUGUGAUUAACAUCAAAGGAGCUGUCUUCCCAAUUCCAGUCCGGCCACACUGCAAAACACCAGUUGGUACCACGUAUUCUGGGAAUUCAGAACUCAUCACUUUUCAUGGUGUUAAAGGAGAAAAAGGAUCCUGGGGCCUUCCCGGCUCAAAAGGAGAAAAAGGCGACCAGGGACCCCAGGGACCACCAGGCCCUCCUGUGGAUCCAGCUUACCUGAGGCACUUUCUGAACAGCUUGAAGGGGGAGAAUGGAGACAAGGGAAUCAAAGGAGAAAAAGGAGACGCUAACAGUGGCUUCUCUGGCUUCUCUGUAUCAGGGCCACCGGGCCUGCCAGGAAGUCCAGGUCUGGUGGGCCAGAAAGGGGAAGCCGUUGUCGGGCCCCAGGGACCCCCAGGUGCUCCUGGCCUGCCUGGGCCACCUGGCUUUGGGAGACCUGGUUCCCCUGGGCCACCAGGACCCCCGGGACCACCAGGACCUCCAGCUAUCCUAGGAGCAGCUGUGGCCCUUCCAGGCCCACCUGGCCCUCCAGGACAACCAGGGCUUCCUGGAUCCAGAAACCUGGUUACAACGUUUAGCAACAUGGAUGACAUGUUACAGAAAGCACAUUUGGUCAUAGAAGGGACAUUCAUCUACUUGAAGGACAGCACCGAGUUUUUCAUUCGGGUCAGAGAUGGUUGGAAAAAAUUACAGCUGGGAGAACUGAUUCCCAUUCCGGAUGACAGCCCUCCUCCCCCUGCACUUUCCAGCAAUCCUCAUCAACCUCAACUUUCACUGACGUCUAUUUCAAAUGUCAAUUACGGCAGACCCGCACUACACUUGGUUGCUCUGAACACGCCGUUUUCUGGGGACAUUCGAGCUGAUUUCCAGUGCUUCCAGCAGGCCAGGGCUGCAGGACUGUUGUCCACCUACCGAGCAUUCUUAUCCUCCCAUUUGCAAGAUCUCUCCACAGUUGUAAGGAAAGCAGAGAGAUAUAGCCUUCCAAUAGUGAACCUCAAGGGCCAAGUACUUUUUAAUAACUGGGACUCAAUUUUUUCUGGCCACGGAGGUCAGUUCAAUACACACGUUCCAAUAUAUUCCUUUGAUGGCCGAGAUGUAAUGACAGAUCCUUCCUGGCCCCAAAAGGUCGUUUGGCAUGGCUCCAGCACCCACGGAGUCCGUCUUGUGGAUCAGUACUGUGAAGCGUGGAGAACCGCCGACAUGGCAGUCAUGGGCUUGGCCUCCCCGCUGAACACGGGGAAGAUUCUGGACCAGAAAGCAUACAGCUGUGCUAACAGGCUAAUUGUGCUGUGUAUCGAAAACAGUUUCAUGACAGAUGCGAGGAAGUAACAACCUUCCCAUGCUUCUUAAGAGUUUAUCAAUUUUUUUAUGUGAAGAGUUGACACUGAAAUCUAAAAUGUUUAAGCGUUGUAAAUAUUAGUUUUUUAUUACACAUUCGUCACAACAGCAAGCAAAGAAAACAUACCUCAAUAUACUCAAAACUGAAGACAUAAAGGACUCAGAUCAAAGACAAAAUCUGAUUCAUCUAUUGGUGCUAGAUUCUGCGGGAAACCCCAUGCAGUGUAAACACAUCCCAAGACGGUUAAGAGCAAGUUAAAAAAGGAGCAGGUUAAAAACAAAGGCCUUGGCAUUCUGCCCACUGCAUCCUUCAGAAAGUGAUUUCCUCCUUUUAACCAUUGUUGAGUAUAAGAUGUCCUUCAUGUUUUCUUACAAAGUCAGUGUUUAGAAAUGUUACCCCUUUCUAAGUUAUGUGCAGACCAAACACUUUGUUCUUUAAUAUACAUCCAUUGUUUGCAACUGCUGUUUAUAUAGACAGAACUGCUCCAAAUGAUCCUAUUUGUAUUUUCUGAUAUUACCAGACUUUAAUGUUUUCUUCCUAAAAUAUUAUUGCCAUCAUACUUUAGGAGUUUUACAUUUUUACACAAUCAUAUUUCAGUAUGACAUCUGUUUAUGUGAAUGACUUGCUGGAAAAGUUUAAGUUCCCAAUGAUCUGAAACUAGAGAAGAAAUACCACAUAAUUACUUCCUUUCCCUUGGGGGCCCUUUUCCCCACCCCUACCCUGAUUUUAUGACUUCCAUUUGGCAAUUCUUGAAUUAUAACUCCAUUUGAACAAACAGGUUCAUGAGGAUAAAUUUUCUGAGACACAUAUAUCUUCAUGCUGUAUACUUUUGUUCUUUUUUUCCCAUGUGAUAAGUGAACAUAAAAACAUCUUUUCCAGGCGC